AUGAAUUCGGUGCGCCUGCAUACGGGGAGCGGUGGUCCACGCGAAUGGGCAGGCGAAUGGAGCGAUGGGGAAAGUCGUUAUCAGCACGCCGGUACAUCGUUGUUACUUGCGAAAAUGCUUUUGGUUUCAUUCUGUGUGUUUGCUGUCGGUUCUCUCGUGAACUCGUCACAUGCAUCCGACACAUCGGGGCCAAAUGUGCACGACCCGGAGAAGCCAUGGCCGCGUAGGGAGGAAAUUGGGCCACUAAUCUCAAGAAAGCCACGUACAGCUGGCGUUGAACCGGUUGUACCUGUAAUCGAGUUGUUAACGGUCUCUCCGUCCGAAUAUCUGGAUGUCCGAUCAGCUAAUAUGGUCACAGAAACAGUUGACUCUGAUGACACGACAGCAACCUCACGUUCAACACCCGGACCACCACUGGCCCUUUCAUCACCUGGUGACGAUGACCCUCGAGGGAAAGGCGAGCCUCCCGAGAAGACCUUUGAACUGGCACCUUUCCUUGAGCGCCGGCCUCAUGGCUUGUCUGUCAGCAUACGCUCCGAAGAUACGCGCCCAAAAGAAUUCUCAACUGACCUAAAUACCACCGAAUUCCAGGGGUCAUCGGAGAAGUUACUUAUAUCAGACAUAUCCCCUUCAGCCGACCCGCCACAUGCAAAUUCUGGCCCAGGUGCCGAUAUUAAAGUGCUUAGCAACAUGAGCCCGAGUUCUACAGCAGCAUCUGACAAGAAUUCUGAAGAGCGACAUCUGAGACCUCAGCCCUUCCCGGUCGCUGUACCGUUCCCCGUCCCUUAUUAUGCUGGCAUGUAUCCCGCGGUGCCACCUCCCGCCGCUGCCCCAGCGGCGGUUUAUACUGGACGGAUUGCUGUUCCCCCUCCGUUUCUGCUUUCACCACUUGCUGCUGGACCGACAGUUCCGGCACCGUCUCCUGCUGUCAUCGGAGCGGUUGCUCCACCCACUCUCGCAGCGCCUGUGAUGUAUGGACCUCCUGCGAUUUCACCAGCAGUUGUGCAAGCGGUUCCGGUGGCUCCCACCGUCCCGGUACAGCAAGUGACAGUGACUGUUACCCCUACUGCAGCGCCUGCACCCUUUCUUGCGUGGGUUGUACCUGCUGCACGGUGA